AUUUUUCUGUUCGGUGUAUUAGGUAAUGUAGAUAGGUAUAACAGCUACCACGUCGAACUUAAUGAAUGUAAAACGAACAAACAUAAUAAUAUGCGUUGUGCGUUUGUGUACAAUAGGCUUUAUGUUUUCCUAUUUUGGCAAAGGGCUUUGUUGUUUGAUAAUUGCUGGUUAAUUAAAUUGCAGUGAACGGGGGCACCGGGUCCAGUAUACUUACUCAUAAUAUAAUGUGUCGACGACAGUUCAAUCACGCUGGCUAAAGCCUUCAUGUAUCAUCCCGCCGCAUAUAUUAUUAUAUUAUUACUUAUUACUGUUGUAUACCCUCUCGUGGUUGAAAAAAAAACGUAUUGUAUUAUUAUUAUGUGUAAUGUAUAUUGUAUACAUUGUUCAAUUAUUGCGGUGCGCACCGCAAUCGGAAAUCGUUCAUCGACGUAAAAAAUAAAAAUCAAUUGCCAGCCCACGGAUUUAAUAAUUUCAAUAUUCGCCCGCGGGCGGAUAGUUCGGAGACGCAGAUUGGGGGGGGUGAUCGCGUGAUAUGGCCACGGACGACGAGGACGGCGGUGCCGGAGCCAACACGCCGCCGGCUGACCCGCUGGAGCGGCGUAGGCGACCGGGCAGGGAACAGUGGUCAAACAAAACGGAUUUCCUGAUGUCAGUCAUAGGAUUCGCCGUGGACUUGGCCAACGUAUGGCGAUUUCCAUACCUGUGCUAUAAGAACGGCGGAGGGGCUUUUUUAAUACCUUAUUGUACCAUGUUGUUGGUUGGUGGAAUUCCUUUGUUCUAUAUGGAAUUGGCCCUCGGGCAAUUUUAUCAAACUGGCGCAAUAACAUGCUGGGGUAGGCUGGUUCCACUGUUCAAAGGUAUUGGUUACUCGGUCGUCUUGAUUGCGUUUUAUGUAGACUUCUAUUACAACGUAAUCAUAGCAUGGGCAUUACGAUUUUUUCUGGCUUCGUUUACGAACAUUUUACCUUGGACCACCUGUGACAACGACUGGAAUACAGAUUUCUGUCAACCGGUAAAUUGUUUUUAUUUCUCUAAAUCUAUUUACGUAUACUUAUUUAAAAACUCUUUCUGUUCUUUCUAAAUC